UCUGUCUUGUUUUCUAGCUUUUUGUUUGAUUGUGUUAAAUCAAGAUUUUCUUGAUUCUUGAUUGAUUACCCAGUCAAGAAGUUAAUCGUUAAUUUCUUUAUUGGUUAAUUACAUUAUCAUUAUUAUGGGUCAUUUUUUUAUUAUUGACUACACGCUAAAUAUGUCUCCUUUUCAAUGAUUAAUCGAUGGGUUUUUUCUAUUUUGAUCUGGGCUUGUCUUGAAUUGUUAUUAUUUUUUAGUAAAGAGGAGGAGUUGUGUUCUUGGGCAUGUUUUCCUUUCUGUCUCCUGCUUUGAUCAGAUUACUUUUUUUGAAACCAUGCCAACAAUGUUCUUGCUCCUUAGCCUGUUUAUAAGGGGGUUGAAAUACCCGUUUUUGACCCUGAGACCAUGUGGUUCCCUUUAAACAAAAGUCUUUAUAUUGGACCCACCUUAUUCCAUAUAGAGCCCAUAUAGUGUUGAAGGCAGUUAACAUGAUACUGGAAGCUAGUUUAUUGGGCCAUUGUCCUUCAGCUAACUUGCAGGUCUUCUUACAAUCUGUUUUAGGCAAACAGGGAAGUCAGGCCCUUGUAUUUAUACAGGAUUUAUAUGAUGUAACAAGGAAGGCCUUGCUUCUGUUUGAGAGAGUUGGUUUGUCACAUAAGGUACUGAUGAUGGUGAAAAUUUACCAUGGAUUUGUUUCUGCACAAUCAAGUGGUCUUCUCAGGGACAGACAAAAAUUUCCUGUCGCAUAAGGAUCAACGGAACUUGAAGUUUGCAUCUGCUGCCUGCACAAUAAUAGGAACCCAAGAAUUCUGUAAUGCAGGCAAGUACCUGCUGGACUUGUGUUAAUUUAUGCAUGGUAUUGCAAUGACAAAACAAUGAUCCAGGCCCUCUCAAAUGGCUUGAGCUAGUGUGUGCAAAACUUGGUAUUACAUUGACUGGUACAAGAUAACGAUGUUGUGUUUAGUUUGUUUGCUUUCGUUCAUGUGUAUCAUUUGUUGUCUCCAUCGCAUGUUGAACAUGUUCUAUAUCAAUGGUUUUCAUGAAAUUCAUUAGUGAUUAUUAUCACUACAGGGAAGUCAGUUUUCAAAGCCGUCGUCAAAUCCUGUACUGGAUGUUCUGUCAUUUCUUAUUUGCUGCAUAAAGUGGGAACUCAUUUUUUGAGUUAAGAUGGCACCCCUUGAAGAGAAGAACCAGCUCAUUAGUACUCCAGAAAACCAGAUGGCAACACUUGAAGAAAAGAAUCAGUUGAUUGCUCCUCCAGAAUAUCAGAUGGUGACUCUUGAAGAGAAGAAUCAGCUAGUUGCUGCUCUAGAAUACCAGAUGACAACCUUUGAAGAGAAUAGUCGCUCCACGCCUGGUCCUGAAACACAGCCUAGCAAGCGGAGGAAAAGGAAGUCCAUGGUUUGGGAGCACUUCACCAUAGAAACUGUAAGCUCCGACUGUAGAAGGGCAUCCUGUAAGCAGUGCAGGAAAAGCUUUGCUUACAGCAUGGGUUCAAAAGUAUCUGGUACCAGCCAUCUAAAACGUCACAUUGCCAAGGGAACUUGUCUAGCAUUACUAAACAAUCAGGGGAAUCGACAAACACCAGGUACACCAACGAUGAAUGGAAAUAGCAAUUUGUCUGAUCCACCAAGACGUCGUUACAGAUCCCGAAACUCAGCCAGCAUUUCAUUUGAUUUUGACCGUUUCAGCCAAAAAAUUGCCAGAAUGAUGAUCAUGCAUGAUUACCCUCUUCACAUGGUCGAACAUCCUGGAUUUGUAAAUUUUGUCAAAAGUCUUGAACCGAGAUUUGACAUGGUGAGCUUUAAUACAGUCCAAGGAGAUUGUAUCUCAGGUUACUUGAGGGAAAAGCAAAAGGUUAUGAAGUUUAUCGAGUGUUUGCCUGGACGUGUUUGCCUUACAUUGAACGUGUGGACAUCUAGCCAAAGCUUAAGUUAUGUGUUUAUAACAGGACACUUCAUUGAUGGUGACUGGAAGCCACAGAGGCGGAUUCUCAAUGUGGCGACGGAACCAUACCCUAACUCGGAUGCAGCUCUUAGCCAUGCCGUUGCUAGUUGCCUAUCUGAUUGGAAUUUGGAAGGCAAGCUAUUUUCUAUCACUUUCAAUCAUCCAGUGUGUGAAUCUGGGCGUGAAAACCUCAGAUCUCUACUCUGUAUCAAAAAUCCCCUUAUCAUCAACGGUCAGUUACUGUUUGGGAACUGCAGUGCUCAUGCAUUAAGCAGCUUUGCAAAAGACGUGCUGUGGGAAGGGCGAGAGAUCAUUAAGAAAGUCCGUUACAGUGUAAAGUAUGUGAAGACCACAGAAUCCCAUGAGCAAAAGUUCCGUGAGCUCAAGCAACAGCUUCAGGUCCCCAGUGAAAAAGGCCUGUCUCUUGAUAACCAAGCUCAAUGGAACACGACAUAUCAGAUGCUGGUUGCGGCUUCAGAGUUAAAGGAAGUGUUUUCUUGCUUGGAUACUUUCGAUCCUAAUUACAAAGAGGCUCCAUCCAUGAAAGACUGGAAGCGAGUGGACAUUAUGUGCACAUACUUAAAACCUCUUUUUGAUGCAGCCAACUUCCUUGCCUCUAGAACAGGCGCAGCACAAAAUACAUUCUUUCACGAAGUCUGGAAGAUGCAUGAUCUGUAUCAUUCUAUUACAAGCCAUGGGGAUCCCUUUGUCAUAAGUCUUGCUAAAAUAAUGCAAGAAAAGAUGGACAAAUAUUUGAAGGAGUGCAUCCUGGCUUUGGCAAUUGUUGUAGUCAUGGAUCCUCGAUUUAAGAUGAAGUUGAUUGAGUUCAGUUUUCUGAGAUUCUACGGUGAAGAAGCUGGCAAACAUGUAAAGAUCAUUGACGGUGGGCUCCACGAACUGUUUCUUGAAUAUGUGAGACUUCCUCACCCUCUUAAUUCAGCUUAUGCUGAAGAUGGAAAUUUUGAGAACAACACGAAGACAGAAGAAAUUUCAGACAACGGGCUUGCAGAUUGUGAUGUGUAUGUGAAGACUACUAGCCAAGAUACGAAGUCGGAGCUGGAGCAGUAUUUAGAAGAUUCUUUGUCGCCUCGCCACCAAGAGAUGGAUGUGUUGAAAUGGUGGGAAGAGAACAAGCUCAAAUAUCCAACUCUUUCAAAAAUGGCUCGCGAUAUUUUGACCAUCCAGGUAUCUACUGCUGAACCUAACACUGUAUUUGAUACCGAGAUCAAAGAACUGGAUUCGUACCGGAGUUCUUUGAGACCUGAAACAGUGGAAGCCCUUGUGUGUGCUAAAGACUGGCUUCGGUACGGACCUGAAGCGUCCACAGAAGUUUCUAAUGCGCUUGCGGAAGUAAAGGGUCUUGGAUCUUAGUGUUUACAUGUCUCUUAACAGUAGGAUUUUUAUUAGACUCGAUUAGUCUUCUAUUUCUUCAUAUCAGGCUAGAUUCUGCCUCAACUGCAAAGAAUAUAUAGAUUGCUUUAA